AUGGCGAGGACCCAAAUGCAGCUCUACCUCGCGGAGAAGAGUUGCUUCCUCUGCCGCAACUAUCUCCCGUAUUUUUCAGGAUUCGGCGCUCAUUUAAGUCGGCUCAUGACGUGGGAGAUGGAAGUGCUGGGCUUCAUCGACAUUUCCCCUGAUUCUUCUCACGACCCGAGAGUCUUCACUUUCAAGGCUGAUCUCGGCGACCCUCAGUUCAUCGUCAAUCCGACGUUGACUCUCCGCGGUGGGACGACCAGGGUUGCCGUUGUCCACGAGCGCCCACGCACCGAAUACCGACACGCCUUCUUCGCGCACCAGGCGUGCUGCAAAGUCGUUGCGUUGCUGCAGCGCAAGCUUGCAUGCCGUGAGCUUUACAAUCUUGCCGUGCAGACAUCUGAACUACUGCCCAAGGAUUGCUGGGGACAAGAACGCCCAUGGCAUCUCGCCUCCCUUGCGGAUACCAUCGAGACUGGCAUUGUCGACGCCCAGAACACAAGCCUCGGCGCUUGUCUGUUGAAGUGUGCGAAACUGCCCCCAGAAAUACACAACUACAUUUUGAGAUAUAUUCGCGGGACCAGUCUUGCAUCUUCGCUGAUGACGGCUCUCCACACUUAUACCACUGGGCGUUGUCAAUCUCUGGUAACGAUUUCGAGUCACCCCGGUGCCAAAAGCCUCCUGCCCACAGACCACGUCGACAUGGCCCACGUCUGCGCCUCCUUCAUUACUCUUUUCGGCCGGUCCUAUUUGACUUCCCUUGAGAUCUUCCUCAAAGAGGGUCAUGGUGAUGCUUCUAACCGGAAAUGCCUUGAGAUCAGGAUAAACGAAAUUCGACGAGUACAGUUCAUCACCGGAAUGCACGGCAUAUCGGCUAUCAGGUUCUAUCUACGCGACGGGUCUGUCUCGGACUGGCUAGGGGACACCAGGAGAGGCUGGCGAAGUAGGCCGAUCGAAGUCACUCGCAGCGACCUCUACUUUCCGAGACAUGUAAGAGCUUUCAUCUUCAACCGUAGGACAAGUGCGGCACCUUCUCCAACGUUGACUUACUCAAGCAACAAAUAG